CUUCUAACUUCCCUCGCAGCUCUUCAUCGUAGAAUAAAUCAUGGCCGGUUCCGAAGCUGCAGAGGAGAAGUUCUGCUUGCAGGAGGUGGUCGACGCUUACAGGCUGUGUCUGUCUCCAGAGAAGGAGGUCUAUCUGGAGCACUACAUCGCUGGAUGGCGUGCGCUUGUAAAGUUUCUCAACAGCUUGGGAAGUGUCUUUGGAUUUAUUGCUGUGGAGGCUCUCACCAAGAUCCAGACCCUGGUGACCUUCUUGAACGGUGAGAACGGCUCGCAGUAUUCCACCCUGCAGUCCAUGGUCAAGUACGAGCUGGACAACGAACUGGUGGAUCUGACCACGAGGGGGCCGCACCCAGAGUCGGGCUGCCGCACUCUGCUGAGGCUCCACCGUGCACUGAGGUUCCUGGAGCUCUUCCUGGAACGCCUGCGCGUCAGCACCGAGGACAGCAAGACGUCUGUCAUGUGCACCGAAGCCUACAACGAGUCCCUGGCUCAGCACCACCUUUAUGCAGUCCAAAAAGUGGCGUGUCUGGCGUUCCUUGUGCUUCCCGGGCGUCCCACUUUUUUCGAAGUGAUGAACGUGGGGCCGCCGGAGCAGGUUGUGUCCAUGCUGGGGGAGGCUGUGCCCCUCAUCUCUGAGGUGUAUAAGAUUACAGAGGAACUUUAUGCUGAGCAUAAUCUGCAUGAUUUACCUUAAAAAGUAAGAAGUUCGAUUUCCUGCCAUCUCAUGCAAAAUAAAUUGCUUGCAACUGUUCCUACUGAAGAGCUAUUGACCCAGCUGCCUCCACUUUGGGGGGAUUUGAAGGUUGUGUAUCACUGUUUGCAAAUUCAUCCACUUUAUCAGAACCUACUCUGUGCCUUUUUUAGUAUAGAAAUCUGCAUGCUUUGUAUUUACUUAAUUUAUUUGCACUUUUUGAAUAUCUUUUAAACAUACAGUUCCUUUAAAAGUGAAUGAGUUUUUAUGUUGAACAUAGGAAUAAAAUAAGUCCUUUUGUCAUUCCUCUCUAGAAAAAAACAGAUUUACAAAACAAAGAAGAUCAAGUUGAUCUGGAACCUCUUCGUUUCCAGAUAUUGAAGUGCUUAACUUCUUUUCAGAAAUUACUGCUCAACGAUUUUGAUUUUCUCUAUAAGUCGAAACUCAGGCUAUGAUUAUUUGAUAUGACUUGUUCAUGGGCAAUAAUUUAAAUCCACAAAAACGCUGAUUUUGGAUUUUUCUGUUUGCAAACUUCAUGGUUGCUGAUCAUUCACACAUACGUAGUUACUUAUUCAACUCAAUAAAAUGUAUUUCA